AUGAAAGAGAGAAAGGGGUGGUCGAUCACCAUCCACGACCUCUCUGGCUCGCCUGUAGCUGCUGCAUCAACGGUGACACCAUUUGUGCCAUCGCUUGGCACCGAUAGGGUGAGCCGAUCUAAUCCAGGAGCAUGGCUCAUUCUUCGACACAGCCACAGCACUUGGAAGCCUUGGGGUCGCCUGGAGGCCUGGAGGGACGGCAAUGGUGGAGACCUCCUUGGCUACCACUUCGAACUCAUCUCUGAGGAUGGCAUAGACACUACACCACUAGCCAAUUCAACGAUUAGUGCAAAAAAUGGUGGGAAAUUCAGCAUUGACAUAACCACAGAGACUUUGUUAUGUCAGCUACAGUCGAGGGCGAUGGUAAAUGCAGCCAACCAGAGGUGGAACUUGGGAAUCUUGGGAUGCAGCAAAUUACGCGACGGAGGAUGCAGCAGCUUUUGUGGCAUUGGCUUCGAAGUAACACCUCCAUCACCGCCAGAUCCACCAUAUCCAACCACAUAUAUAUCUCACGGCGUUGAGCUGAAAAGCGUCUCCAACGCCACCUACACCACCACACUAUCAUCGAACGUACAACCGCCGCCACCGUUUCGCUGUACAGACCGCCACUGCUCCGCUUCGUGGCACAGAUCGCCGUUGCAGAGGCUCCGCUUCGCUAUUGAAGAUCGUCGUUGCAGAUCGCCAGACAUCCGCUGCUCCGCUUCAUGGCACCGUUUCGCUGUUGUAGAUCGGAGGGUGGCGUGUCUCGCUGGACCGAAUGGAGAAGAAAGAUAG